GUGAAAAUGCGUAAAUUUGGUAUGGGUGCUCAGGGCGGUCCUGUACCGCCAAAGGAGCAUGAAGCGAUAGAUUUUCUAUCAAACCUGAUGGUGUGUCAUAUCCCAGGUUCGGAUGGAAAUAUGAAAAUGAAAGCUGUUUAUGUGGGGUUGAUGGUGAGAAGGUCAGUUGGUUCGAUUGGCUGA